AUGGUAUCAUUGGGUGUAUUUUGUGGAGGAAAAAAAAACGCCUCUUUAAGUGAAGAUAUACAAAAGAGAACUAGUUUCAAGGCUUUAAAAUAUCGAGAGUUUAUUGAUUAUGGUACUAACAUGAUUAUGGCAGUUAACCUAACGUGA